ACGGCGGGGACGGAAGGCGAGAAAAAAGCGCGGAAGAGAUAAGAAGAGUUCGGAAGGAAGAGGUGUCAGAGCUGGUGCUCCUCAUAAAGGAAGCAACGAGAGCUGAGACGCCGGUCUUGGUAGAUAAAUACAGUGCUCCGGAGGGGGAAUCUCGAGAAGUCAAACUGUGGUGGUCGAGGAGAGGUUUGCUCGGUGAGUCCGGUGAAAGUAGUCAUUUUCGUUGUAACUUAAGCUCGUUGAGAUUCAGUGCGGUACAACGGGUCGAUCGCGGAGUUGCGGGACUGAAUUUUCAACUGAAAGAACGCCUCGCUGGCGCAACUGUUGCAACAGCUCCCUCGGCCAGUCUACCCAUCAAAAAUCAUCGCAGUCUCGUUGAGAGUGACAAGUUCGAUAUUCUCUACGGCGGACACACUGAUUCGACAUCAAUUAAAUCGACGUACGGGAUAAAAACCGCUGCGGAAAGUCGCACCACCGCCAUCACCACGUAUUUUCAUUCGUAUUCGUUCGUGCCGGGAGGUGCGGUACCCCUGCACCCGCCACUGCACACGGCCGGACCGGGGGUCUCGAGUCACCUACUCGGCCACCAAAGCUGCAACUUUGCGUGCACGUGCACCUGUACUUGUACAGCGAGCAUUGUUACCGCCGCUGCAGCUGCAGCUGCCAACGCAAACGCUGUAGCAGUCGCGGCCCCUCAGCAUCCACCUCCCUUGCAUCAACACCAUCGGGCGCUUGGAACCGCCACCGCUACCGUUCUACUCCAACCGGUUGAUCACAUCAAGGACGCCAUGGUGAGUGUUCCAAUGGGUGAAUUUCUGCAACCAGCUCUGCCAACGAGCACAUUUCUACCUCGGAGGGGAAGUGACGAACUUCUAUCCCAGAGUGGUGCUGUUAACAAUGGUGCAUCAAUGAGUCCCCAACCACAUCACGCAACGGACAACAACAAUGACGCAAAAAAGGCUAAACUGGACAAAAGCCACAACGGCAAGCCUUCGCGGGUCAUUCACAUCAGAAAUAUACCGAGCGAUGUUUCGGAGGGUGAAAUAAUUCAUUUGGGACUUCCCUUCGGACGCGUCACCAAUGUUCUUGUACUGAAGGGCAAGAAUCAGGCUUUCCUAGAGAUGGCCGAUGAGGGAGCAGCCUCGACGAUGGUGACAUAUUACUCCUCGUCAGGUGCACAAUUGCGGAACCGUGCGGUCUACGUACAGUUCAGCCUCCACCGGGAAUUAAAGACCGAUCAGACCCACAGCAACGCGAACUCGAAUGCUCAGACUGCGUUGCAGGCUGCACAGGGUCAAGGAGUUCAGACCCAGGGAGGAGACACCCAGGGAGGGCCGAAUACAGUUCUCAGAGUCAUCGUCGAGCACAUGAUGUAUGCCAUUUCGCUAGACACCCUCUAUCAGAUAUUCACAAGAUAUGGAAAGGUCCUGAAAAUCGUCACCUUCACAAAAAACAACUCGUUCCAGGCGCUCAUACAAUACCCUGACAUGCUGUCGGCGCAGACCGCUAAAUUCUCUUUGGACGGCCAAAAUAUCUACAACUCGUGCUGCACACUUCGCAUUGAUUAUAGCAAAAUGCAAAGUCUCAACGUUAAAUACAACAAUGACAAAUCGAGGGAUUACACGAAUCCAACGCUACCUACAGGCGACGCAAGCCUCGAUGCCGCUUCCCUAGCUCUUGGUGGCGAAUUGCUACCUCAACUCUUACUUGGAGCUGCUGGCUCUCAGCCACGUGCUCGAUUGCCCGAAUCAAUUACAGGGGCGCCAGGCGUCCUAGCUUCGCCGUUUGCUGCAAUGCACGGUCUUCCAUCCCCCCUCGCUGCUCCCUACAACGGCGUUGCACCGGGUGGCGGUAUCGCCGGUCUCGGCGGUUUCAGCCUCGGUGCUGGAGCUCUGGGUGUCCGCGUACCGGGCAGUCCACAAAUCUCGUCGGUUCUUCUCGUCACCAAUCUUAACGAAGAGAUGGUCACGCCUGACGCUCUCUUUACCCUGUUUGGCGUUUAUGGGGAUGUACAGCGCGUGAAGAUUCUCUACAACAAAAAGGACUCCGCCCUCAUCCAAAUGGCUGAACCUCAUCAAGGUCACUUAGCUAUGACUCAUAUGGACAAACUCAGGGUUUUCGGUAAACAGAUAAGAGUCAUGACUAGCAAACAUCAGACUGUUCAAUUGCCCAAGGAAGGCCAGCCGGACGCGGGCCUCACCAAGGAUUACACCAACAGCACUCUUCAUCGAUUCAAAAAACCCGGCUCAAAAAAUUAUCAAAACAUUUAUCCGCCAAGCGCAACUCUGCACUUAUCCAACAUUCCAGCGAUUGUAACUGAAGAAGAAAUCAAGGAAGCCUUCACAACAAAUGGUUUUACGGUAAAGGCCUUCAAGUUUUUCCCGAAGGACAGAAAAAUGGCACUAAUCCAAUUGCCAAGCAUGGACGAGGCUGUUGCGGCUUUGAUCAAAAUGCACAAUUUCCAACUGAGCGAAUCCAAUCAUCUGAGGGUGUCUUUCUCAAAGAGCAACAUCUAACAAGAGAGGCCAUCCAGCGAGACGCCGUGGUUUAUUCAGCCCUACCCCCGUGUCCAAUACUGGUAUCCAGCGAUGUUUUACGACUCCAUUUUACUGCCGACCGAAUCGUUUCGUCCCAAGCGACGUUUUCGCAUUUGUUGACGCUGAACAAUUGAGAAUAACGAAAAAAAGGGAAAACAGCAGCAAAGACGACAACAACAACAGCAUUAAAAUAACAACCAGGAUGAAAAAUUAAAACAUACUUAAGAUAAAGAAAAAAGUUUCCGCGGUAGGUCGUGCAACGCGUAAAAAAAAUCUCACACUGUUUUUGCGUUAACAAUAUCGUCGAUCAAGACAACGAUCGCGUUAAGAUUGAUGAUCCUAUUUUAUUCCCGAAGAGGAACGGAGGAGAGACGACACAAAAAGCGUGAUCGUUAACGCGGUCGUGGAACAUUUUUUUUAGCCUUAGGACAACUAAUAAGAGAAAUCCGUGAUAAGAACGUUGAAAUGUUGCAAAACGAGGCGACGGUGCUGGCUGUCGGUGCUGGACCAAACGAUAGUUUCAUCAAAUCGGCCUUUUACCCAUUUAUUUUUCUCGAUUACGACUCGGGACAUAUUAAUCUCGCAAAAAUGAAGAAAAAAAUAAUUAAAGAAUAAAACCAAUCAAAUUGUUCAUAAAUUCGGACUCGAAAGACCUAUUCUCGAAAGUCAGUAUCGUCUCGUCGUUGUGUUUUUCAACGAAGCUAGAAAUAGGCAGCAAGAAUAAUUAAGCAAAGAACACAAAUGCAAGGAUAAAAGAAACCCCGGUAGCUCUGUGUGGUUACGCAAUUCAGAAAAAUGGAAAAAAAAAAUAGGAAAAACAAAACAAAUUACUGGAUAUAAACCGAAAUCAAGAUGAAAGAGAAGAAACUGAAGUGAGAGGGCGUACAUGUGCUGAUAGCCCCAAGAAUUCUCUUGUACAGACUUAAGGUUUAAAAUUUUACGAUUUAAGACGUUAAGGAUUUUUAGAAUUAAGCGAAGAGAAGAAAGGAAAACACAAAAAGUAAACAAAAUCAGACAAUUUUAAACCGGUAGUUCGGAGAGAGGAAUUAAUUGUGAAGAGCAGAGAGAGGUAUACCUCUGGUUGAUUUUUUCUGAUUAUUGUCAAAAACAUAAAUGAGAGGUCUCACGUGUAUUUGUCCGCAUAUACAUGUAUAUGUGUGUAUGCGAGUGCGUCUGUGUGUAAGUGUGUUACGAGAACGAGAAUUUGAGUAGCAAUUUUUCCAUCAAUUGCCAUUUUCCAGAAGAGAGAGAGAGCAUACUAAAAUGUAUGUAUUUAUUCGCAACUUACGGUGAGGUGCUAUUGAGUUUUCCUCAAACAACUCGAUCUAGAGUAUAUCGAUUUUUGAUCGAGGACGAACGAGUCAAAGUGAAAAAAGAAAUUUAAUGGGGAAAAAGCUCGUGUUCGUUUUUUAAGAAAUUUCGAGUGGAUCUCAGCUCGUGUGAAGCUUCACUCGAUACGGUGAUCGAUUUCUUUUUUCUUCUUUGCGGUUCAUUAUCGUCCAUGAUUUAGUGCAUGGUUCGACAAUUUUGUUGCCAGUUUGAACGGAAAGGGAUAAAACCACGAAGAACCGUUAAGUAAAAUUCAUAUCGCCGAUCAGUUUACGUUUUGUCAGGUGAUAACUGAGCCAGCCCGACAUAUCUCGCCCACGACCGUGAUGGUCAAGCGACUCGAAAAGGUGUUAUUAUUAUUAUCAUAAUUAUAUUAUUAUUACUAUCAUUACUAUUACUUUUUCAUACAUUUAGUUUUAAAAUUUCGUUCACGACGAUUUCAUAGUAUUAUUAAAACACCCGCAUGUCCGCACAAUACAACAUACACAUUAUAGCAGCGUACACUCGAGAAUACAAAUCGAAACAGACACUCACAGGAGCGGUUUUAAUGCAUUUUUAUUUCCAUCUCUUCUCUUUUUGUUUUCUCUUCGAGUUUUUUUUUCUUCCAUUCGUUCCUUUCUUCAAUGGGCUUUCUUAAGUAUACAUAAGUACGUGAAAUCACGUGAGCUUGACGAUACAAUUAUAUAUAAAAUAGGGCAAUGGGGAAGGGAGGGGGGAGGGGCGGAAAUCAAAUGAAUGUUCAACACAUAUCGCUGUUUCCAUUUUCUAACAGAAGAAACUCAUUCCAAUGGCUUUCCAUUUACUAUCGUUUCAGAUUAUUUUAUUCCUUUAAAAAUUAUCCCCCCGUGACGUCAGCCGCUUGAAUUUUGUUCAACAAUAAACGUUCGCGAUUUUCCACAUUCAGUCUUCCAUCGGUUAAACAAUUAGAGCUGCCGAAUUCGGGCAAGCGAGUUUCCACGAGAGAUCGAUCGCUCUACUCAAUCGCGCACUAGGGCACUGAUUCGGCGUUCUGUCGUCACCCGGGAAUCUGAAAAAAAAAAAAAAAAAGCAUUCGUUCGAACGGAGUAACAUUUGAGUAGUCGAAAAAAAAAUACUGCAGAAAACCAUACACCGUUUUCCAUGUUGAAAAAGAACGAGGGAACGUACCAAUCCGAUUAGCUUUGACCGAGGAACAUGAGAAAUAAAAUAAAAAAUAGGCAGAAUCUACAGGAAAGAAUUGUUUUUCUUUCCGACGACCGGGGCCCACAAGAGAAAUAUUGACAUUCGAGAUAUUAUUAGAUAGAUCGAUAAAAACUUUAUUCACUGAUAAUGGAUUGCGGAUAGUGCGCGCUCGACGGGGAAAAAAUAAUCAAGAAAAAUAGAUGACGAGGUAGGAGUUUAAACGACGGCACAAAACACUCUCUCGUGUUAAGCUUCCCUUAUAAUCACACGAUUAAGCGACAGCUCUAUGCGCAAUCACGUAUAUUAUAAACAUAAAUAAUCCACAAAAAAUUUACCGGAACAGAAAAAACCAACAAAUCGAAUUUAUUGGCGAACGUGAAAGGAGACACGGAUAAAUAUCGUGAAAUGUUAGAAAGUUAUUCAUAAAUAAGAGUCAAAUGGUCCACCUACGUAUAACAUCCAAUAUUACAGAAGAGAAAAAAAAAGAAUAGAAUGAAAAAGAGAAAGAGAACGACAGAGAACAACGCGAUUGAAAAACCGUUCGAACGAGCCAAUCCAAGUUCUGUGUAAAUUAUGAAAAACAAACAUAAAGUCGCGUACGUUCGGUCGAGCCGACACGGCAUUCUGUUGGAGUCAAUUAAAAUUUAAUGGUAUUUUAAUUAGAUAACGUUUCGAAUGGAGCGUAGCGUGAACGCGUGUGAGAAAGUUUGAUGAUUAACAUGUUCUAUGUAAGCUGUUGGAAUUUGGCAUUAAACAAAAAGGGCAAAAAUACGAAAAAGAUAAACACGAUGGAAGAAAUUAAAAACAAUACGAUAAGAUUAUUUUGCGUGACUGAAGGAAAAACAAUGUUGAAAGAGAGAGGAAAAAGAAAGAAAAGAAAAACCAUUAAAAUAUAAGCGAGUGCCGGCCCGAGCAGUGUUGGUUGUGCCAAAGUAGGCUAAAAUAUUGAUUCUAGAAAUGAAGAUUUCCACGAUUUAGCCGAGAACGAGGAGUAAAUGCAAAGAACAAAAAACAUUUUUCCGGGCACGAACGUGGCAUGAGAGGCGACGAAAAUGAAUGUUAAUUUUCUCGUCGCGAAGAAGGGAAAACAGCGAGUUGCCGGCAUGAGCGCGAAGGGGCCAGUCUUUGCAUCUAUGAUCUGUCUUUCGAAUCUCUAUGAUAAAUAACAAUACUGCACACGCAACUAAAUAUUACCAAUUUAAAGCUACGAUUACUAAACCACAAUAGGAUAGCAAAGAGAGCGAGUUUGAAGAACGAGGAAGGGGGAGGGAGGGAGAGCUGAGCUACGCGCUGAACAUGGUCGUCGGGUUUUCGUUCAAAAGUAAACACUGAAAAACGAUGAAACGACAACAAAAACACCGAAACGUUAGUUUUUCCUUUUUUUGAGCCAGGAACUAUUUUGAAUCUACGAAUUAAAAGAAAAACAACAGCAAAACGAACGAACCAUGUGAACUCGAUCUAUCGAACACUUUGAAAUUGAAAAAGCACAGAGAGCACGCAAACGUGUGCACGGAGCAAAGCAUUCUAGUAUUAAUACACCUGCGUUAAGUAUUUCUUUCGAUAAGUUUUUUAUUUUAUUUUAUUUUACUAAAGUUUUUUUUUUAAUCGCUUGUCUCAUUUAGCGCUAGUAUAAGCGUCAAAGCUUUUUCAUUGCGUCUCAUUUUUAACGUGUCAAGAAUGUUUUUUUAAAUAUAUAUUUUUUUCUCUUCCAUUGCUCGAAUAUGAUUUUCUAAUCUCCACGCUAAAACUUGGUCAAUUUCGCAUCACUCCUCUUGCCACUUAAAACACACACACCCACACACACACACACACAGUUCACCUUUUGAGCGUUCAUUUUCUUCUUCCAUUCGAUCGUAUUCUAGAAAGUUUAUAGGAAAAGCAAGAAAAAACAAAACAUACAGACACACACCCACACACACACACACACACACACACACACUUAGUAGAGAAAAAUAAAGAAUUAACUAGCUGGAUUGAGGGGGGCCGAGGUAAAUGAGUGUUGGACUAGCCAACGUAUACGCUGCGAGGAUGUUGAGGUUGCUCACAUUUCGAAAUUUCAAUCGUCUCGUUAAACCCAGCAAGAGAAAAAUGCUUUGGGUUAUUAUUAUCGCGGGGAUAUAAAUAUGAUUUAUUUGCGUUAAUAAGAGCGAGAUGAAAUUUCGAAUUGGGAGGAUCGCUAAAUUUUGAUGGUGUAUGAACGACGCGCGCACAAACGUAGAUGUCAAACGUUAUUUUAUUUUUCAAAUAUUUAUCUCGCGUCUACGCCUCUACGUUCGCGCCGUAUGUUGCCACGCGGCUUUGAAGAUUCGAAAAAAAUCAUAAAUCACAUGGAACGAAUUGCGAAACUAGUGCGUACACCGGCAUAGGUAUUAUCCUAUAUAUUUGAUAAACAAAUGCAUUCUAGCGUAAAGAGGGUAUCGAAGGAGGGGGAGGGGGGUGAUGUAUUCAGAGUACGCGACGGCUCCAUUUCAAUAUAUAAAUAUAAAUAUACACAUAUAACUAUAUUUUAUUAAUAUCUAAUAAGAUCUAGAUUUACGGGUGAAUUAUAAAAUAAAAUGAUGAUGCUUGAAGAAGAAGAAGAAGAAGAAGAAGAAGAAGAGGAAAAAUAGUCUUCAAUUAGUGGGAUUGUGCGUGAGCGUCGCACCACAUUAACUUGUUUAUCGAUUCGCGCCAUUGUUCGUUAACUCGUGGGAUAAAUAAUCUGCCCCCUUCUCCUCUUUUCACCGACAAAUCAUUCGGCAAGGUGUCCCAUUGAACCAAAAUUUGGAGUAACGAAUAGUCCGACUACAUUCGCCGAGCGUCUAUAUAAUCAAUCACUCGAGAACUAAAUAGUAAAGUAACGAGGACCGGAGCUUUUUUUUCUUUACGAACGUUCCACUGUUUGAUGGCAAUUCGGACUAAGCGAAAGGCAACCGGCACGAUUGCGGUUUUUGGACAAACGCGAAUGAAAUUCAACGUCGAGGAGGGAAUCAAUAAUUUGGUAGAGCGUAGUAAAUGGUUGAAAGGUGUGUGUGUGUCAAGUAAUUCUACAACCGUUUGUGAUUAGUGUGGAAUGAGUGCGAAAGAGACGAGGAAAUUCGAAGGAGUGAUGAGAGAAUGAAAAGGAAAAGGGAGCGAUCAGUAGCUCGAGUAUUGUUCGCACGCGGGCCGCGGAGAAAAACAUGAUUCGGAUCCAACGGUGAACGAUCCACCGUGAUGAUCCGUUGGUUUUAUUCGUUCCAUGUUUUUUUUCAUCUUUUCACUUAAAUUCGACGAUGACGACACCUCAAAAACCUCGAAUCUCUGUGAGUAGCGUGAGAUAGCGAGGGAGCGUUUAGGGUUGCGAUUAAAAAAAAAAAAAAAAAAACUUUUACCUUUCGAGAUAGCGAUGACUACGGAUGAAAAUAUAGAACGCGACGCGUGCAUGUGUGUGCCUAUGCGAGCGUGUGUACAUGUGCGAUUGUGGAAAUGAAAUUUAGGUAAUAAGGGAAUAUAAACGCUGUUAGAGUCGACAUUUAUCGUAGACUUCUAUCUAAACUCCGAAUAACUUAUAUAGUUAAUGACAAUCACUCUCUAUCAGCCAAUUUCAAGAGAAAACCAUCGUUUUUCUCGCCCCUCCCUCGAGCUGCUGCAACAUCCCAUGCAAAAUUAUUCCAAAAUCAAAAGUUUUAUCAAAUCUUCGUUUUAUUCUUAGCAGGGAUAGUUUUUUACACACUCAAUUGUUCGUAUCGAAUAUUCCAUUGUUUAUAUACGUUUGUAUGAUUUUUUCGAAACUAUCGGAAUUUUAAUUGAAUUGAAAAUGAAUGAAUAACAUUUUGAAUCUUCGUCUUCUCGGUUAGGCCAAUUAUUUUCUACUUUUCCUGUCGCCCACUAUUCUGGGUACGUUUCAGGGCACCGGAUACACAGGAACGACCCGAAAAAUCCAACAUCACUUUUCGGAUGUUAUUUUUCUCGUUUUUCCGGUCUAUUCUCCGUCAGUUUCGAAACGUGCUCCCUACCAAGUAUUCCAAUAGUAUGACAUGCCCUUGCGACGUCAGGCUGACCCGAAACAUUAUAUCAACUUCGUGCCAAUUUGACAAAUUUUCUCCGUUGCAUCGUAUAAUCACUCAAGAUAAACUUAAGUACCAAACGUUUUGUAAAAGAAAACGAAAAAAUACGAGUCUGGAAGCUCCAAUAAUAGCGACCCAUUCUUGAGGCCACUUUCUAGUGUAAAUAUUUCCGAAAAAUCGUCACUGAGAAAAAAAUAAAACAGAAAAGGUCAGCUUCGCGUUGCGAGUCAUGACACUAUUGGUAUCGCCCAUUGGAAACUGAAAAAUAAUGAGAAAAAGAGAUCUUGAUGAAAGAAAAAAAAAAACAAAAAUAUACCAAGUAAACCAGUAUUGGGCCAGGAAUUGCGUUGCAAAUCACAAUCAGCUCAGCUCCGGCAAGACAAAUCAUUUUUUAAAAGGAGAACAAUUGUCAGAGCGGGCGUAUUACGGUUAAGCUCUUAGUAAGUUGAUUAGGGAUUUAGUGGACACACAGAGAGAAAGAUAAAUAAGGAGAGAGCGGGAGAAACAUUUUCAAUCGAAGCGUGCAUGCAUUGGAUUUGCGAGAAGAGGUGAAAAGCGUUGAAAAAGCGAAAAAAAAACCCCGAAAAUGAGAGAGAGAGAAAAAAAAAGGGGAGUGAGAGUCGAGGAACGGGAGAGAAAGGAAAGAGACCAAGCCCGCGCUCUCGAACCACUCCAGGUGAUUAUACGAUUGAAACUGUACGUCGUUCGUUGGGCAUGUAGAAUUAGAGACGAGGCAACGUUCGCGAAGACCAAAACGGGCUUUGUUCGGGGGGACCAUAGAAUCGACGAAAAAAAGUCACAGAAAAAGUAUCUGCGAAGUUCCGUAAAAGCUUCGCUCAUCCCGUUUGUUCGAUCCGAAAUUUUUCAAGAGAAUUUCACGUAGGACUCUCGGCAGGGCUGAAGUGAAAAUCGAGAUAAAGUAACAAGUUUUUCGAUAUUAAAGUUAGAAAGCACCGAGAUAGAUUUUAAGAUUACGUAUAGUUUUAUGUCGAGUGAGAAAAUUGCGCAUUACUUUACGACCUAAGAUUAACGAACGACAUUAGAAAAACAAAAAAAAACAUGUUUAAGACGACCGAACAAAUCGUAACAGGAAAAUCCACUCGAAAUAAAAACAGCUCACAAAAACGUUAUAUUCACGAAGUAAAAAAUGAAAAAAAUUAUACGAGCAACUCCACCGUGCAAAACUCGCUCGCAACAUAAUUACUUUUUUACCUCCCACAUGCACACUGACACACGCGCGCCCUAGCCCACAUACACCAACACAAAAAAGAAAAUUUCUUCUCCCCAUUCUGUCUAGCGGAACAAACUUCCCUUCGUCAAAUCAAUCGAAAACAAAAAAGUAAUCAAACGAUUAACUUCUUUUCCUCGAAAGUUGCAUAUUUUUGUAAGCACAGUAUGAAAAAGUGAAACAAAAAUAAAUGAGGAGCGUGAUGAAAGAUGUGAGAAAACAAGAAGAGCGAGAGAGAGAGAGAGAAAGGAAGAAAUGUCUUCGUGUGCUUAGUCAACUUUAGGAUCGUAUUGAACGUACCAUUUUGACAUAUCCGUUUUAUUUAUAUUUUUAUGUCACGCAUGAAUUUCUCAUACCGAAAAACGGUUGAAUUGAGUGAAAAAGAAGAGCUGUCGACGAGGAAAAAAAAAAACAAAAAACAGAAUCGAAUAAAAGCUGCCGCUCGAACAUUCGAAAUGAUGCAUAGCGAUACAACUUCGGACAGUCCACAAACUUGGAUUGCGCCAGCGUUAUUAUGUUUGUUCCUAACUCUUCAAGACAUUUUUUCUUUCGUCUUCGUUUUUAAACCCAGAUCUGUCGCUAGCGUAAACUUUUGUUUUUUACGCCGUGCGUAACUAGUAUUGGAGCAUUACUACUGUCUACCGCUAUCACUAUCACUAUUUACUACUAUUACUACUACUACUACUUCUACUACUACUACUACUACUACUACUACUACUACUACUACUACUACUACUACUAUUACUACCAUUAUUACUACCACUACUUCUGUUACUGUCGCUGUACUCUUCCAGCAUUAUUACGAUUUGAUUUGAAUUAUAAUUUGUACCAUUAAUAGAAUAACUCGAUUGGAACAGUUGAUCACUAGUUUUAACGAUUCUACUCAGUCCUAAGUCUCUUUAGUUAACGUACAUGUUUUUCGUCAUCUUUGCGCGUGUAUGUGUGUGAGUGCGCGAGUGUUGUUUAUACUUGGUACUAUGGAGAGACAAGUAAAAAAAAAAAAAAAAAAAAAAAAAAAC